AUGUGGAUGUUUCUACCUGAGCACCAUAAGGCAGGUAUUGGAGUGAUAUUAAGUGAUUCUAGUGGAGUUUUGCCAGCUGGCCUUGCUCGCUCUGUUGCUGCAGAUUCUACCAUCGAAGCUAAGACACUCUGGCUAUUUUGGAAGGAUGUAACUUUGCUAUUCAACAAGGGCACACUAGAGUUGUCAUUGAAUAUGUUGGUCAUUUUUUCUGUCGGGCGCUCCUUCUGCCAGAUGAGGAGAUCGACUUGCCCAAAGGAGCGGAGAGGUUGUUGGAUCAACACCAAUGCCCCGAUUGAUGUUUCUUAG